UGGGAUGUGUGUGAAUGCAGAGAAUUCAGUUUUAGUACAAAUUCGGCGCAGGAACGAGCAACGCGCCCUCUUUCCGACCACAAAGUACCACGCGAUGUUCCCACCCAGACCAACCGAUCAUCCUCUCCAGCUUCCGAUCACCAUUCCCCUAACCGCUCCCUCCCAUCCGGAUGCGAUUGUCCAUCCAACGGCUACUGAUACUGAUGAUUCCAUUAUCCUGGACAGUCUUGACUUGGACUUGGAUGGGGCGACGGUCGAUGUCGAUGAUAGCCGGAAGGAGCUAUUCGAGGGCUAUUCGGAGGAGCUGCUCACCUUCGCCUGGCUGGCCUGCAUAGUCUUCAUUAUUGUGGGUGUUCCCGGGAAUCUUCUAACCAUUAUUGCCCUAUCCCGUGGCCGUCAGACCCGCAACUCCACCGCCAUUUUCAUCAUUAAUCUGUCCUGUUCGGAUCUCCUUUUUGGAUGCUUCAAUCUUCCCCUGGCCGCGUCCACGUUCAUAAAGAGGGCCUGGACUCAUGGUGAUUUUCUGUGCCGAUUGUUUCCCAUGUUGCGUUACGGUUUAUUGGCCGUGUCAUUGCUUUCCGUCUCACUGAUCACCAUCAACCGGUACAUCAUCAUCGCCCAUCCCCGCCAGUACCCCAGGAUCUACCAGAGACGAUACUUGGCUUUAAUGGUGGCUGGGACAUGGGUCACAACCUUCUCCAUCAUGAUACCCACGUGGCGCGGUGUCUGGGGGCGAUUCGGUCUGGACGAUAGCAUUGGAUCCUGCUCCAUUCUCCACGAUCGCUACAGCAGAUCCCCCAAGGAGUUCCUCUUCAUUGCCGCCUUCAUGGUGCCAUGUAUCUGCAUCGUGAUCUGCUAUGCCCGGAUCUUCCUGCUGGUGAGGAAGGCGGCGAUGCGGGCCGGGAUGGCCAACAAGAGUAAUCUCAGCGAGGUGACCACCCCAAGUUCCCAGAAUCAAUCCCAGGCCAUGCCGAAGAGGCCGGAGAAGGCGAGUACUUCCAGUGGGGAGGUCCAGGCGAGUCCCCAGCAGGAGCCACGACCCUUUGUGGUGGAGGAGCACAUGGCCUACAUCGAUGACAAUGCCUCGGCGAAUAGUUUGCCCAUCUCCUACAGUAUUCGGAGGAGGGAACAGGAUCAGCAGCAGGUCCCAGUGGAUGUCAAUGUGGUGUUGCGGGAAAAGGAGCGAGAACGAGAACGAGAACGAGAACGAGAACGGGAACGGGCGAAGGAGCUGGAGAAGAUUAGCCUGGGAAGGAGUCAGACCCAGCUGGAGUUGAACAAGAAUUCCGGUAAAAAUCCCAUCACCACAUCCCUGCGCACCUCCUUCACCCGGUUCAGUCCUCGGAAAUCGCACUACGCCUCCAUGGGCAACACCUCCAACGCCUCCUCCAUUUAUCCCGGCAAGAUGAGUGCCAAGGAUCGACGUCUUCUCAAGAUGAUCCUGGUGAUCUUUGUGUGGUUUGUGGUCUGCUAUCUGCCCAUUACGGUGGCCAAGAUCUGGAAGAGUGCCACGGAAGUCCAUUGGUUCAAUAUCGCUGGGUAUCUUCUCAUCUAUCUGACCACCUGCAUUAAUCCUCUGAUCUAUGUCCUGAUGAGUUCGGAGUACAGACGCGCCUAUUGGAAUCUCCUGCGCUGUCACGGUGCUCCUGAUCCCCACCAGCAGAGGCUGGCGAAUGCCAAGCGGAAGCAUCUGGAAUCCAAUCGCCAGGUGAAGGCAACAACGUGAUUCCUAAUAUUUUUUCAAAAAUUCACAAAAAAUAUACAUAUAUUGUCAUUGCCUUGAAAGUCCUCCGUCCGCAGCAGGAUAUAUGAUAUUCCAGUAGAGAUUUUAAAGUCUACUUUUUGGCGUAAAAAAAUACGUGAUUUCAAAUCUCCCACAAUUUCUGUAAAAAUCUGUAGAAAAACUCCAAAUCUCCAAAAAAAGAAACUGGAAAUUAUCUAGUCAUCCCAAAGAAGAAGAAAAUCAUCGAAACUCUACUACUAUAGAUUUUAAAGUCUACUUUUUGGCAUAAAAAUAGGUGAUUUCAAAUCUCCAACUGUAAAAAUCUUUAGAAAAAAUCCAACAUUUUAAUAGGAUACUUUCUAGAGAAACUGGAAACCAUCUAGUCACCCCAAAGAAGAAGAAAACUCUACUGUAGAGAUUUUAAAGUCUACUUUUUGGCAUAAAAUAGGUGAUUUCAAAUCUCCAACUGUAAAAUCUCUUGAAAAACUCCAAAAUUUCUAUCUAGUCCCCCCAAAAGAAGAAGAAAACCCAUAUCUAUAUCUUCCUAUAUACAUAUCCUAUAUCAUAUAAGAAAUCGAAAACUAUAUUGGAAUUUUUUUUUUUUAUACCAAAUGACUUUAAUUAUCUGGUUUACAUUUUUUGAAUUCCAUGUUUAAGAACAAUCGAUGUUUUGUUGAUUUUUUUUAGUUAUUUUUUAGUUUUUUUUUUUUUGUUUGCUUGUCGCUAAUUAUUGUACCAAUACAUAAUGGAUAUAUCCAUAUAGGGAUAUAUCCCAUCCUAUGUCCCCGAAUAAAUGCUUCGAAUAAUUGAUAUAUGUAGUUUACCGUUUUUCUUUUUUUGUUUUUUGUUUUUUUUUUUUUAAACUUUUUAGCCAAAAAACCCAGUCGGGAAAAUGGGGAUUUGGGGGGAUUGGGGAAGUCUGGGCAUUAUAAUAUAGUAGUGUAUAGUGUUAUCAUAAGUAGAGCUAUAGCUUAACGGUAUUAUUAUCAAUAUACAUAUUGUAUAUGUCUGCGUUAUUUUAAACGUACGAAACUUGGACUACUUAAUACUAGUAACACAACUAAAUCUUGCAAUAUUACGGUUCGGUAUUGAUUCUGCUCUCCUCUCCCUCUCUCUCUCUCUCUCUCUCUCUCUCUCUCUCCGAUAAACAUAUAAUAUAUAUAUGUCGUAGAAUGGUUAGUUUGUCCAUAGUACAUGUGCGUACAGCUUUGGUGUGGCGACACAUUGUCUAGUAGUUGUAGAAUGCACAGCAGCUGAAAGGGAAAAAGGGACACACUCUGCUGCUGAGCAUGGUCUGAUCGGAGAGCGCGGACUGAAUGCAAGAAACAGAGAUGGCAAUAGACUUUGGAGAAAUGAUGAAAUUAGAAACAACUCUGUGUUACGCAGGUCAGUUUGGAUGCGUCUCUUGCAACGAGCAGAACUUGCUGUGCAAACUUACUGAAAAUAUGGAAUCGUUGGAGGGAUCUCUGUCAUCAGAAGUGGGAUCUGCUUUGCCUACUGAUCGUGCCACCGAUCCGUAUUUGUUGGCGUUGGAGCUGCAAAACCGCAACCUACUGGAAAUCAUCAAAAACAUGCAGACACCAAGGGCACCGCCAACCGAUGGAAAAGCGUCAUAUGUAGCUCUUCCAAAAUUCAAUCCUGACAGUGCUGGAGCAGAUGCUUCCUCUUGGUGUUCAACAGUGGACCUAAUUUUUGCGGAUAACGUGCUCGAGGGUAGCAAUCUGGUGAUCGCCCUAAGCAAGGCACUAGAAGGCGGCGCAUCACAGUGGCUUUCCCAAAUUUGCUUUGCCGGCAUCACUUGGGCGCAGUUCAAGGAGCUGUUUAUACAACGCUUUGUUGGAAUUGAGACUUCUGCCGCCAUGCUGUUAAAUGUUCUGAAUGGUCGACCAAAGCCGGAGGAGGGCUUCGCUGAAUACGGUAGCCGUAUUGUUACGCUACUUAUGUCAAAAUGGAAAGCCAAGGAUUUGGAAGAAAUAGCGGUAUCUGUGACUCUGGCUCACAUGGCGCAAAUAGAUAACAAGUUGACGCACUUGGUUUUUACAAACAACGUAAAAACUCGCAAUGAGCUACAACAACAGUUACACGCACACUCUUUCAAAAAGCGCAGUAUAGAUGACGAUUCAACAGGCUCGGAGCGCAAGAAGUUCAAGUCUCCGACACCGACGGAAUGCAAUUACUGUGGAAAGGGUGGUCAUAAAUACGCCGAAUGCCGUGCUCGCUUGGAAAAGGGUCAGAGCAAAGGCAAAAUCAACAGCGGCAGCAACAUGACUGGACCGAAGGAUUGGUCAAGUGUCAAAUGCUUUAAAUGUGACGAAAUAGGACAUUUUGCAUCCGCUUGUCCAAAAGGCCGUACGUAUGAGAAGCGGGUAGAUAUCUGCACAGUAGCUCCACCGACUGGAAUAAUGAGGGCAUCCGGUGAGUCUAUUCCAUUUUGUUUUGAUUCAGGUGCUGAAUGCUCCUUAGUGGAGGAAAGCGUCAUGGAUAAAUUUAAGGGGAAACAAAAGAAUAAAUAACAUUGUAAAACUUAACGCCGAGGGUACAUACAUAGGUGGUAGGCAUUUUUGCAAAUCGUUUGAGAUUGUCAAAAUAUUAAAUGGAGAUAGAUGUCUGUCCUUAGCAAGUAAGCGAAUUUACAAAUAUUCCCAUGAAUUCUUAAGAGCUUUGCCGAACAAUCAGCUAAUACGCAAAGAUAGAGACGGCAUGAUGGAAAAAGCGUCUGACAAUAAAGAAAGAGAUUCAAAAAGAAAAAAAAAAAAGGGGUGGCAUAAAUUAAUGUAUAGAGAUAUACCGAACAGAAUUUAAUGUUAAAAAGUGUUAAAGGAACUACACUAAAGUUAUUUCAUUGUGUUAAAGGAAUUACACAAAUGUUUAAAAGUGUUAAAGGAACUACACUAAAGUUAUUUCAAUGUGUUAAAGGAAUUACACAAAUGUUUAAAAGUGUUAAAGGAACUACACUAAUGUUAUAUCGUAAGACGUGUAAAAGGAAUUACAAAAUUGUUAAAAUGUGCCAAAGGAAAUGCACAAAGGUUUUAUUUUACAAAAGAGAAUAAUGUUAUUAAAGAAUAACAAAAUGAAUUAAUAAGAUUAUGUUUAAUUGAAGAAAUGUAAUGAAUACAGAAGAUUUGAUAUUUA